AGAGCAAGAGUUUAGCGCAUGCGCAAAGCCACAUCCCCGCUUUUUUGACAAGAUGGCGGGACUUUCGCAGCUUGUGUACUCUUCUCAUUACUGUUGUCAACAUGGCGGACUUUGCUUUCUGUCAAAUUAGAAGUUCGCUCCGUAAUGUUCGAAGCCACGCAGGGACACAGUGGACGGGCUGGUCCGCUGCACGACAACGAAGCGACCCCCAGGACCAGAACGAACCGCCUGAGCAGAACGUUGAGAAAAAGUCCGCAGACACGAACAAAGUCUCCAAAGUGCGACUUGAAGACCCCCACCAGGACCAGCAGGUCCUCACUCGGUUCUACGUUGAGCAGCCAGUCUCCACAGGACUGUGAGGUCCAUCACGACAUCAUCUGGGACGCCACGUCACCUUUGCCUCACAGACUGGGCAAACGAGGGAAGAAACACGCCGGAGUCGUCAGCAUCUCGGACAUCGUCAGCAGGAUCGCCCCCGAGCACGGCAGGCCGCGGGUGUCCGAGCCAACGUUGCAGCAGUGGAUCGGAGACAGCGCCGCCAUCCCGUGCACGCCGGACGUUCAGCCUCCCAAAAGCAGGAGGAAGUCACCCAGGUCCAACGGCGUGGACGAGCUGCUGAAGCUGGCCAAGCGGUUUGACCUCAGCUGGUUCCAUGGUGACGAGGAGGAGGCGGACCAGAACCGGGAGUGCGUGCUGGCGUCAGGACGCGAGUCCGACUCCGAGCGGGCGGGGGCGGAGCUAGAGCAACUUGCAGACCUGGACUUCCUGUUUGACGAACCCAGUCAGCUCAGCAGCCGGGUCCCGGGUCCAAGCGAGCCCGCUGGGAAAUGUCCCGUGAUGCCUUGCCACGUCGCCAACGACUGGGAGGACGACGAUCUGCUCAACGACUCAGUUCUCGUGGAGAUGACGCAGAACGUCGAGAAGUUGGGCGCUCCACAGCAUUGUUCCACCCAGGUGGGGGCGCCCGCCCUCAGCCAAUCAGAGGGAAGAACAACUUUGGCUUCUUCCGCCGACUUCCUGUCCUUCCGGCGUUUGAGCUCAGCCGGAAGGGGCGUGUCAGACAGGUCGCGUGACGUGUGUCAUAGUCCGACUUCUGUUGCCGUUUCCAUGGCAACAGGGAACCACUUCCCGGAGGACGACUUGGACUCCUUCUUCUCAUCGGAGCCGCUCUGGGACGACCCGGCCGAGGACCAGCUGCUGUGCGAGCUGUGCGAGGACGUGGAGAACCGCAUCCAGCACGUUCCUGGACACUAUAGCUCCGCCCCUCCCGCAACAGGAAGCGGUCAAGUCCAAGACUCUUCUGGAAGCUCCAAGAAGUUCACCUUUAAGAAGCCCAGCCCCCCUGUUGCCAUGGCGACCAGCAAAGAUGAUGACAUCACUGCUCCUGCUGCAGUGGCUGCCAGGUGUUCGGCGGCUGAGAUCCAGCUGAAGAAGCAGCAGGCUCUGGAGCGUCGCCAGCGCCGCCUGCGGGAGGUCCAGAACCUGCAAGAACCUGGAAGGAACGUCACCUGACUCUAGUCUUCUUUUUAUUCUCUUCUCUCAACACCUGUCAAUAAACAAGCCUUUUUCCCAU